UUUUUUUUUUUUAGUAAUCUGGAUUUUGUUAUAUUUUUAUUUUUUUUACUUUUUCUUUUAGAUAACUAUUAACAAUGACAGUUGCUUCCCCAUUACCAUUUACAGAUUCAGAAAUUCAAGUAUUAAAGAAUCGUUAUGAAAAUGCGGGUCAGGGACAUGUAUUCAAAUUUUUUGAUUCCAUUUCUCAAGAUGAAAAAGUUGAGUUAUUGAAGCAACUUGUAGAAAUCGAUGUCGACAAUUUGAAUACUAUUUAUAAAAAAGCUAUUGAAGGUGCUGAAAUGGCUACCAAGGGAGUGGAUGAAUUGAAGCCCCUUUCUCCUGAUGUAUUCGAUUCUGUCUUGAAACAUAAUGAUGAACAACUCAAGGAAUGGGAGAUGUUAGGUCUUCAACAGAUCGCUCACGGUAAAGUUGCUGUUAUCUUGAUGGCUGGUGGUCAAGGUACUCGUUUGGGCUCAAGUGAUCCUAAAGGUUGUUAUAAUAUCAAUUUGCCUUCUGGUAAAUCCCUUUUCCAAUUACAAGCUGAACGUAUUUUAAAAGCUCAAGAAUUGGCCCAUCAACAUCGUAAUGAACAAGAUCCUCAAGAAACUAUUAUUCCCUGGUACAUCAUGACUUCUGGUCCUACAAAUCAACCUACAUAUGAUUUCUUUAAAAAGAAUAACUUUUUUGGUCUUAAAGAAGAAAACGUCAUUUUCUUCGAACAAGGUACACUUCCUUGCUUGACGAUGGAUGGAAAAAUCAUUUUAGAAACAAAGAGCAAGGUUGCUAUUGCACCUGAUGGUAAUGGUGGUAUUUAUAAAGCACUUCAAGAAAAGGGUAUCAUUCGAUCAUUAAGAGAACGUGGUAUUGAAUAUAGCCAUUGUUAUUGUGUUGAUAAUUGCUUGGCUCGUGUUGCAGACCCUGUAUUCAUUGGUUAUUGUGUUUCUAAAGGAACAGAUUGUGGUGUUAAAGUUGUAGGCAAGAUGGCUCCUGAAGAGCCUGUGGGCAUUGUCUGUGUUCGUAAUGGAAAAUAUGCAGUUGUCGAAUAUUCUGAAAUUACUCAAGAAACCGCAAAUGAACGUUAUCCUGAUGGCUCACUCAAAUAUGGUGCAGCUAAUAUUGCUAAUCACUUCUUCUCUACCAGCUUUCUUGAACGCGUUCCUAGCUUUCAGUCUGAGUUGGAAUAUCAUAUUGCUAAGAAGAAGAUUAAAUAUACCAACCUUGAAACAGGUGAACAGAUUGUGCCCAAGACAAAUUCUGGCAUGAAACUCGAGUGCUUUGUGUUUGAUGUCUUUCCUUAUGCUCACAAUAUGUCUGUACUUGAAGUAAAACGACAAGAUGAAUUUUCUCCUUUAAAGAAUGCACCUGGAAGUGGUGCUGAUUGUCCUGAAACUUCACGUCGUGAUAUUGUAGCUCAACAUGUACGUUUUAUUGAGAAUGCAGGUGGUAAGGUUGUUGGUGAUACAGAUGAUUAUGAGCAGCUUGUUUUUGAAAUUUCCCCCGCUGUCUCUUAUGCUGGUGAAGGUUUAAAACAGAUUGUAUCUGGAAAGAUUGUUAAAGCACCAGCAACUAUUGAAACUUUAGAUGAUUUAAUUCGUGCCACUUGUUAAAAUUAUGUUUUGAUUAUUUUUUUAAACUUAAUAUAACACACUUUUGUAAUAUAACUUUUUUUUUCCCCUCCCAAGCAUAACUGCAUUUUAUACAGUUAAAUAAAGAUAAUACUAAUUUAAUAUAGCACUUGGAUAAGAAUACAAAAAUAAAGCCUUGUUAUACUUAAUGAAC